AUGUCUUCUGUUGGCCAGAAUUUCAUAUUGUGUGACUGCACUUCUCAACAGCCUCCAGGCUGCCCACCACUGCCUGCACAGUCUGUGGUGCAGUUUUCUGCUUCAUUGGACAAUGGUUCCCCCUGCACCCAGGCCCUGUUUCCUCCCCUUCAGCAUGGCUAUGCUGCCCUGCCUUCUUCUCACUCUGUUGACUGGGAGGCCCGAGUGCACCACAACUGCCACAACCAGUUUCGUGCUUGGCUUGAGCGUCGCAAACUCAAUGAUCCUUAUAGUAAGACAGCCUGUCAAGAAUGCACUCAUGCACAUGAGCAGAGGAUGCAUGAUCUCUCCAAGGAUACUGCCAGGAUUAAAAAAGCCAUGGAGAGGAGCAAAGAGGAGCAUGAGCAUUGGAUGAGUAAGGAGCAGAAGAUGGCUGAUAGGGCAAAACAGAAGGAACUCCUUAGGGGCUGGAAGGAGUGGUGGCGCAAUGCAAAGGCAUGGUCAAGUUGUCAGGAACAGCUUGAUUUCUAUGAUAAGCUACUCCAUCAGGCACCAACACUAGGCUGGGAGUUGCCACCAGGCUGGAAGUGUCCUCCCCCACCCUCAGGAAAACUCUUCUGA